AUGAAGCCGAUGAGGACUAAGAUUAUCUUCUAUACAGGCUCCAUUUGUAGCAUUAACGGCUAUAUCCUUGUUUAUACCAAAAGUGAAGAUCUUACGUUCCGUAAUAGCGAUGAUGCUAUCAAGGAGUACCGCUUUGGAACCAUGCAAUACCCCCACGGCUUCUGUCCUAACUGUGGGACUAGUGUUUAUGCUCGAGCCGACGAGGGAGAAUAUGCGGGCGUUGUGGCCAUCAACGCGCGAACCCUGAAUAAUAUCGAUGUUAGCACAUUGAAGAUCGAGCAACACGAUGGGAAGAAAAUCAAUGCUGGCUAG